AUGUUUCUCCGUAGAGCUGUGAUCGCCGCCGGGGGUUCUGCUGUCGCUCUUUUUGCCGCCGUGUCUGUGGGGAAGAGCGGGGAUGACUACUUUCUGGCAUGGCCGCCUGCUGUCAGCGAGCGCUGGGAAAGUAACUGGGAUCUGUAAGUCGGCGACCGACAGCAUCCCACUGCAUGUCAUCCCACUGCAUGUCGUCCCACUGCAUGUCAUCCCACUGCAUGUCAUCCCACUGCAUGUCAUCCCACUGCAUGUCAUCCCACUGCAUGUCGUCCCACUGUAUGUCAUCCCACUUGUUUUAUAAUGUGACAGUUGUGAUAUGUGGGUCUUACGAAGCCUCAAGUUCUAGUUACUUGCAAGAGCUGCGUCUGCUACUUUUCUUUGCAAGCCCUCUUCCUGGCACAGACUGAAAUCGGCUUCAUGUCAAGAGCGUCUGUGGUGGGUGAUUGCAAUGUGCUGCAUUACAGUUCAUUGAGUAAUUAUUUAUAAAAUGUCUAACCAGGGAGGGUACACUGAGAUUUCUCUCUGAGUAUAGAAGAGUGAGGACUGUUGGCUGAGGAGCUACCAAGAGCACCUACUGGCUGAUGGAGGUGUUCGUGCAACUAUUGUACUCAAAUUGGCUGGUUUUUGCGAACUGUGGUAACUGCCUUUUAAAGUGAUGUAUGUUUGUGUAUAUAUUUCUGUUCCAUAGUCGAGAGCCAAACUCUCUGAUUAACUUGAAUCACCUGAAGGAAAAGCCUGAGGAAUUGAAACACCAGCUGGAUCGACACAAAGCAAAGGCUACUCGCCACAUCUUUCUGGUCAGACAUGCACAGUACAAUGAAGAUGGAGCUACAGACUCAGAAAAAAUUCUCACAGAAGAGGGUAUGUAUGAUGUCUUUGUAAAAGACACCUCCCCUCUCUCCCAUAAAAGCCUCAGGAUUUAUAACAAACUACAUACAUGCCCCACUAACAAUCAAUUCCUGUGACUGCCACACUGAAAUAAGACUGGGGUUAUUGUGGUACAGCUUGUAAUUAACUAAGUUUAGUCUCUUCUCUCCUGUAGGACGGAAGCAGGCAGAACACACCGGUAAGCGCCUGGCGUCUCUACAUCAUACCUUCACCUACAUUAUUUAUUCUUCGAUGGCCAGAACCAAAGAAACUUUUGAAAUCAUCAAAAGAAAACUACCAGGUAACUUUUUUUUUUUAUUUAUUUUUAUGUAGGUCUAAAAAUAAAGCUUACACUAGAACUUCUAUCUACUACCAAAAAAUGAUAUGCAGUGUCAGUCCAUAACUCAGAGGUACUAAAUUAAAAUGCCAAGCUUCAGGUAGAUUUGUCAUAUCCUCGAAUGGAAACCCAUUUAUGAUGGGGAAUUGUCUAAUAAAUACAAGGAAUUCUGAAUAACUCCAGUUUAAUACCUUCAUAAAGAUCCUUGUCACAUGUAUGGACAAUUGAUCCUUCAAGUGAAUCUUUAAAGGGAUAUGUAUGCACCAAAACUUGCACAGCCUUCCUAAACCCUUCCUUUAAAGAGAUGUUUAAACUUCAAUUAUUGCAAAUUCUGUUAAGUUUAAAACUGAUCUGUUUAAUAGCCCAUUAUAGCAUGCAGGAGAGAACCUAAAGUUAACACUCUUCUCAUGUACGCGUCACAGCAAAUGGAGGGGUUUGUUUUCUGCCUCAAACAUAAGUGAAUUAACUCCUUAAUGACAAAAUUUGAGCUUAUGACUGCAGGGGCAUAAUCCAUAAACUGCUUCAUUAAGCUAAAGUUAUCUUUGUGCUUAGAGCAUCACUUAAGAUCAUGCUGGGUGGUAGAAUAAGUCAACAGCACCUAAUGGAAAUACUGCCCCAGUAUUUCUAAACCGUCUUUUCAGUGCAUUCUACAGCCUCUUGUAACCCUCUACCUGCUCCAUACAAGUAGACUUCAUGGCCCUGGUGCUAAUAGGGAGGAUACAAAGGGGGUUCCCCCAUACAUAUGAGAUGGCAGGCUUGUGGGUUUUUUUUUACAUUCUUUAUUUGUAUGUAGUAAGGUCAAAUUGUAUCAAGAGACACGGUAUAACAAGUUACGCAAGGCCCCUAAACCUUAUGUCCAACAAUAUUUUUAGGGUUUCGUUCCUAAGUCCCCCCCCUCCCCCAAUCCCCACCAGUCUUGAUCAGGCCUCAUUUCUCCGUUUGGCAGGCUUGAUUUUUGUGGGGGUUGUUCACUCUGUAAUAGAGAUGUAUUGAUGAUCCUCUUUUCUGUUGCAUCUCUAAAAACUAAAGCCAUGAAUCUCCACAGAUAUAGAAAACUCUGGAUGUGACUUGCUUCGUGAAGGAUACCCAAUCAAGCCAGUCCCACUAUCUUCUCACUGGAAAGCAGAUUAUAAGGUAUAUAAUCAUUGAAUAGACCUAGAGUUAACUAUAUAAUUUAUUUAUUUUUAAUUUUUGUCUUUAGUUUUUUAAAGAUGGCCCACGCCUCGAGGCUGCAUUUAGGAAGUAUAUAUGUCGAGCAGAUCCAAAGCAGGCAAAAGAUAGCUAUGAGAUCAUAGUUUGCCAUGAAAAUGUCAUCCGCUACAUUGUAUGCAGGUAAUAUACCCUUUGACCUCCAAUACAACAAGAAUCAUGUGUCAGUUAAUUGGUCCUCCCAGGUUCAGCACACUGAAUGCUGCAGAAUUUUUUGGGGGGGAAUGUUCGGAUUAUUUGAGUGUAUACACCAGACUUCCAAUCUGGAAUGUGGAAGUAGAAAUCUCUGAAGAGGGGCCAGACUACAGGCAUAAGCAAUAAAUGCUACCCGUUUAAUGGUGCUUAGAAUCUCCUGAAACCAUAACCACUAUGGUACUUGUGGUGUAAGUUGUGUAUAUUGACAACUGUUAAGCCAGUACAGCAGCAACUCUGGAAUUGUUAUAAAACAUUCUAUGAUGCAUUGUGAUACUGGCUAAAAGAAGGGAAACAAAACUUCAAUGUAACAUACUGGUAUACCUUGGCAUGUUGACCGUGCAAGCUAGCUUUUCCUUAAAACUUGAAGGGACGCUGCAGGCACCCAGACCAAUUAAACUCACUAAGGUCUUGGCGCCUUGUGCAUUAAACCUGCUGUAGUAAUAUUGCAGUUUCUGAGAAACUGCAAUCAUUACCUGAGGAUUAACUCCUCCAGUGGCUGUCUACCAGACUUCCACUGGCUGUUCUCAUAUUCUGAAUAAUUCUUCCCUGUGUAGAAUAUGCAUGCUAUAAACUGUCUAGGUUAAGUAAAAUCAUCUAGGAUACAACCAGCAUUAUCUAGCUUUUAUUGCAGUAGAUGUGAAAUUGUGCUAAUUUGUAAUUUUUGUGUUCAGGGCAUUACAACUACCACCCGAAGCAUGGAAAAGGAUGUCUCUUCAUCAUGGUAGCAUUAGCAAGCUAGUCAUCUAUCCAGAUGGGGAGGUGUUACUGGAGAUGCUUGGUGAUGUUGGAUUUUUGCCAGUGGACAAACUUGAAGAGGUUUGA